UCAUUUAUUGAAUACCAUAGCCUGCAAAGCACUGUUCAAGACAUUAAAUUGAAUUUUGACUUUAGGAACAGAAAUCCAGUAUAAAAUUUCAUAUAUUUUGUGUCGUUGCUACAAGAGUUGGAUAAACAAUGCUUUCGGUCUCCACAAAGUACGUCUCAUUAGCCAUCCUGGCUAUCUUCAGCGUAGUUGGGACCGCUCUGGCAAGUCCAGUGUCACAACCAACGAUCGACAACCCUUGUAGGAUAACAAGCUCUGCUCCUCCCGAGUAUCUGCCCUUGCAAGAAGAGAUUGCUCUCACAUUGAACGUGUUAGAGACUUUGAGAUCAAGCUGUGAGGAUGGUGUCACUACUAUGACUACUGAAAAUCUGCUGACCAGUGAUGAAAUCGACAUGCUAAUGGAUAACCCAAUGUACAAUCUUCCUGGCCUACCCUUGGCCACAGCUACAAGAAACGUCAGUGAAGAAAAUAUGGCAAGCAUAUUACUCGAGGACUACCACGAUGUGUCGGUGUUUACAGUUUUCGCCCAACAAGUCUACGAGGAGGAAGACGGCAACCGUGUUCUUAUGGCAGAUGCGAUCUAACACCUAGCUUUUUAGGAUAAGGUGGAAAAAAUGUCGGAGGUCCCUUGCGCAACUUGGCUCGUUAAAGAUCCCUUGGUGAUGGUCUUAAAAUCUAUUAGACUACCAACUUCAACACGUCAAAUGUGUCCCGCACGCUCAUAUGACCUUAUGCAGUUGUGGGCGCCGUAAAACACUUACAAGGAAAAGAAUAAAGAACGAAAGAUCAUCGUCAUAGAAACACGCAACAUACAAUGCUGCUUAUUUGCUAUUUUUAAGACCUGUAGACUCCAUCUAGUGGAAGAAAGAGACAUACUAUGGUUGACACUCUUGUUUAUACUGUUUGGAAGAAGUACCACGAAAUAUCUACAUAAUAUGUGUGCGUUAUGGAGAAAAGGGUGCAAUUUUUUUUACCUUUUUGUAGUUUAUUUCACUUCUGCAUUGAAAUAACCGCUCGUGAUGACUGUUUUCAUUAAAAGAAAAAAUUGUA